ACAUAAUGGAUUUUCAUAUAUUCCGAUUAUUUUGCUUGAUUAGCGUCGCCGUUUUCAUCUUCCAUGGCUCGUGUUAUUCCGACAAAGCUGGUUUUUAUAGCUUUUCAAAAGAUGCUACAUCAGCACCAACGUUAUCUCACUUCGACUACAUUGUCAUCGGAGGAGGAACCGCAGGAUGUGCACUAGCCGCAACGCUAUCUCAAAACGCCACCGUUCUAGUUCUCGAACGUGGUGGCUCACCUUACGACAACCCCACGGAUACAGACAUCGGGAACUUCUUGAAAACACUCUUGAACACAACUCCAAACUCGUGGUCUCAGCAUUUCAUCUCCGAGGACGGCGUUUUCAACACACGCGCACGCGUGCUCGGAGGAGGAACGGUGCUAAACGCUGGAUUCUACUCACGUGCGGAAGAUGAUUACGUGGCGGAAUCUGGUUGGGUGAGAGAAGAGGUCAAAGCUGCUUACGAGUGGGUCGAGAAGAAACUAGUGUUCGAACCACAGAUUAAGGGGUGGCAAAGUGCGUUUGUAGAUGGUCUUUUGGAGACUGGAGUGACUCCUUACAAUGGUUUUACGUACGAACAUGUUCAUGGGACCAAAGUGGGUGGUACCACAUUUGAUACGGAUGGUAGGAGACACACGGCAGCGAAUCUUUUGGAGUAUGCUGAUCCGAAUAAGAUUACUGUCUACUUGCAUGCUUCUGUCCAUAAGAUCCUCUUCACCACCAAAGGAAAUAUGAGGCCCAAGGCUAAUGGUGUGAUCUUCCGGGAUGCCAAUGGAGUGUUCCACACGGCAAAAUUAGCAGCAAAUAGCACACUAAAUGAGGUGAUCUUAUCAGCCGGUGCCAUCGCUAGCCCUCAGCUACUGAUGUUGAGUGGUGUUGGCCCUGCGGCCCAUCUAGCAGCCCAUGGUGUAGAUCCGGUCGUCCUAGAUCAACCCAUGGUGGGACAAGGAAUGUGUGAUAAUCCUAUGAACGCUGUCUUCAUCCCUUCUCCUGAACCCGUAGAAGUGUCAUUAGUCCAAGUCGCUGGAAUCCCUCAUUUUGGUAGUUACAUUGAAGGUGGGAGUGGGCUAAGUCUCUCUUUUAGUUUGACGCAUAGCUUCUUCGGUGCUGUUAUAAAUCUUCUCAAUGAGAUGAAACUUCCCACUAAAACCCUCUCACGUUUUUUUAAGUUAUCGGAUCUUCGAGUUAAUGUGACAACGCAAGCAGGUGCCAUGGUUCAGAAAGUUGAUUGGCCUAUCUCGAGAGGUCAUUUGGAGCUGCGGAACACAAAUCCAGAUGAUAAUCCUUCAGUGACAUUCAACUACUACCAAGAACAAGAAGAUUUGAAUAAUUGUGUUGAAGGACUUAGUACUAUAAUUAAAGUGAUAGAUUCGAAGAAAUAUUCAAAGUACAUGAUCCCUGGAGUCACCGGGCGGGGAUUGUUGGAUUUUAUUCUUGGUCUUCCCAUCAAUGUGAGGCCAAGGCACAUAAACUCAUUGUUCGAUUUGAAGCAAUAUUGUAAAGAUACGGUGAUGACUAUUUAUCAUUACCAUGGAGGUUGUCAAGUUGGAAAAGUGGUCGACAAUGAUUACAAAGUAUUAGGGAUUGAUGCUUUGAGAGUCGUCGAUGCAUCCACGUUUCUUAAGACCCCAGGGACUAAUCCUCAAGCAACGAUCAUGAUGCUAGGAAGGUAUAUGGGGACGAAGAUUCUUCGAGAGAGAGCUGAUUUUCUGGAAACUAAAGAAGAAGCGUGAUUAUUUAAAUAUGCUCAGGAGUAUUGUUAUUGGAGACUGUUGCUGCAAGAUCUCAUCUUGCAAGUGAAUUUUCUCAUGUACGUGGUGUAAUAUUAUAUCAAAAAAGAAUUUAAGAUUUACAGAUGUGAAGUUAUUUAAUCACUACACUAUUAAAAUACGACUAGGAGAAUGUAACAUUUGAAAUCUAAGAAUUCUGUUCAGUUAAAUAUUUA